UUUUCCAGGUGAAACUGAACGUCGACUGAAUUCAGUUUCUGGAGGACAACAGUGACAACUGCAACGAUGCUGCUGUGGAGUAGUCGCGUGCCAACAACACACAUGGCGGUGGUCGUGGCGGUGGUGGCCAUGGUGUGCAUGGUGUGCAUGCAAGGGGUUGGUGUUGCUGCGCAGCUGAACAUCAACUUUGAGGCAUGGCAGAUGGAGAAGGACGGCACCCUCACGUUUCCAGAGAGGAGCCUCAAGCACGUCAUGCAGCGCCCCAACGCAGGCAUUGCGUUCACUGGCGGCGGGACGCGGUCCUUCUUGGCCACCAUCGGAUACCUGGCGGGCCUGCACGAGGCGGGCCUGCUCCCCAACGUCCGCUACGUCUCCGGCGUCUCCGGUGGCGCGUGGGGCACCUGCGCGUACAUGUACGCCAGCACCGCGCAGGGCAACGACACGCAGCUGCUCGGGCCCAUCAUGGAGCCGCAGCACAUGACCAUGAAGAACCUCAAGCACAUUGACCCGGAGUGCGUGCGCGGCGGGCCUGUCAACAAGGACUUUGCCUGGCACGCCGUGGAGAACUUCUUCAACCCGCUCGUGCACGGCCGCGACGUGUGGUUCAAGUCGGUCAACGACGUCUACUUCAAGCCCUACGGUGUUCCCGACAACAAGUACCCUGCCGCCAGCACGGAGACGAUCCAGCGCAUCGUCGACCGCAACCCAGCGCUCACUGUCUCGGACUUUGCCCUGCCGCGCCCAAACCGCCCGUUCUGGAUCGCGGGCAUCUCGUACAUUGGGCCGGAGAAGCUGUCGCCGUUCAAGGAGAGCAACCGCUCAUACACCAUCACGGAGGGCACCCCGCUGUACGUUGGCCAGCCGUACACGCGCGAUGUCACCUACACUAGCUCAAAGGGCCACACGCAGACGCACACCGUGGGCGGGUACAUGGACACGUUUGCCUUUGGCAGCGCGGCACCCUCCACGGGGCUGACGGGCGCCAACGGCACGCUGCACUCCACCACCAUCGCCGACCGCAGCCUGUCGCCGGCUCGCAUCGCCAGCAUGAGCUCGUUUGCAGCCGGUGCGCUGCUGUCUGACCUGCCAAACUUUGCUGCGCGCGGGCUCGACCCCAUCUUCAACACGUGGUCGCCGUCGCUGCCUGCGCCAGACACGGACGCUGUGGAGGGGUUGUAUGGCGACGGAGGCAACACGGAGAACGUGCACCUGAUUGGGCUGCUGCAGCGGCGCGUGCCAAACAUCAUCCUCUUCUUUAACAACAUGCAGGCCCUCAACUCCACCUUUGACCCCAUGCAGCGCAACGUGACGGAGACAGACAUGACAGACGACCUGCCCACCUUCUUUGGCAUCAACCCGGCUGCACAUGACACCCCGCUCUGGGACAUCCACCGCAACCAGGUGUUCCCCAAGAAGGACUUUGCGCGCGUGAUCAAGGGCCUGACGGCUGCGCAGGUGGGCGGAAACGGAACAUUCUUCCGCACGGAGCUGGAGACGGUCGAGAACAAGUGGUAUGGCGUCAAAGCGGGCUUCCGUGCGAAUGUGACGUGGGUGUACCUGUCGCGCACGCUGGAGUGGGAGCGCCGGCUGCCAGCGGACCUGCGCAAGGCCGUGCAGCCGAAGCAUGGCGCAGACAACCCCACCAACCUGCCGGACAGCGGGCACUUCAAGAACUUCCCCAACAUCAACACGUACCUGCAGCUGUACCCGAGCGCUGAGAUGGCAAACAUGAUUGCAGACAUGUGCGGCUGGGUCGUCAAGAACAACGUCGAUGCCUUCAAGACGGCGCUUGGCAUGUACUAAGAAGUGCAUGGUGUGCGUGCGAUGUGUUUGCAUGUGUUUGUAGUGUGUGUGUUUGUAGUGUGUGUGUUUGUGUUUGUGUGUGUGUGUGUGUGUGUGUGUGUGUGUGUGUGUGUGU